UUUUUAUUUUUUUAGGUUAGGUCAUCAGAGGAGUAAAGUCAGGUGUAGUGUGAUGCAAACUAAAGAUUCGUUUUGUUAUUAAGGUUUUGAAUAUAUUAUUGUUUAUAUCGCAAUGUUGCUUAAUAAUAUUUGUAAAAAUGUUUGUAAUAACUCACGUCUUCGAUAUUACGGGGUGCUUGCUGCAAAUAAAAUAAAAAAAUUAGAAAGCAAUAAAUUACCUAAUUUCUCAUGUUUACAAGAAAAAAGAAUGAUUGAUUCUGUAAUAAAAACAACGAAUUGUGGAGAAAAGAGAUUUUACAGUGCUCUGCCAAAUGAGGAAUUAAAUCCACCAGUUCGACUUUCAGCAUUGACUGAUGAUCCACUGAUAUUGAUGCCUAGUUUUUUUAAAUCCAUAAAAAGUUCUUACAACCUUCAUUUUGUAAUGCAAUCUCAAAUUGACAAAGAAUUUAAUAUGCACGAAUUUGCUGAUGGAUCCAAGCAAGCUGUUGAAAUGGUUUCACAUACACUUGCUGUAGAAGAUUACGAUAGUCUCCAAGGUUUAGUCACUCCAGAUGUUAUUCAAAAGUUAAGGUAUAAAAUAUCGACGUUAUCAGAAGCACAGAAACAAUUAAUUCCUAUAAAAAAAGAGGAAAUUUAUGGCAUGUUUCCAUACACAAUUGACAUUGUAUCUAAAGGAGACGAAGGUAGAGAAAGAUUAUUUGUUGAAAUAAAAAUGACAUAUUAUUGCUUGAAAGGAUUUGGUGAAAUGCAAAGAAGAGGUGAAAUACCGCCACUUCAAAUGGGACUUAUGCCAGAAUAUCGUGAAAAAAUUUUCUUAAUUAACUGCAGAUUCAGCAGAGAGUAUACUGAAAAUAUAUCAUCUUCCUCUUGGGUAAUUAAUCAAUAUAAUGAACUAAUGUUGGUGACCGCGUAAUGAAAGUUAUGUGAUUCUGACUUACUUGAAAGAAAAAUUAAUAUUAUGUAAGAAAAAAAUAAAUCAUCAUUUGUUUCAGUUAAA